AUGUCCAAAAAAAUUCAUGGCGGUUCUGUGGUGGAGAUGCAAGGAGAUGAAAUGACACGAAUCAUUUGGGAAUUGAUUAAAGAAAAACUCAUUCUUCCCUAUGUGGAACUGGAUCUGCACAGCUAUGACUUAGGCAUAGAGAAUCGUGAUGCCACCAAUGACCAGGUCACCAAGGAUGCUGCAGAAGCCAUAAAGAAGUACAACGUUGGUGUCAAGUGUGCUACCAUCACCCCCGAUGAGAAGAGGGUUGAGGAGUUCAAGUUGAAACAAAUGUGGAAAUCACCAAAUGGCACCAUCCGAAACAUUCUUGGUGGCACUGUCUUCAGGGAAGCUAUUAUCUGCAAAAACAUUCCCCGACUGGUGACAGGCUGGGUAAAACCCAUCAUCAUUGGUCGUCAUGCCUAUGGAGACCAAUACAGAGCAACUGAUUUUGUUGUUCCUGGGCCUGGAAAAGUCGAGAUAACCUACACGCCAAAAGACGGAAGUCAAAAGGUGACGUAUUUGGUGCAUAGCUUCGAAGAAGGUGGUGGUGUUGCCAUGGGCAUGUACAACCAGGAUAAGUCAAUCGAAGAUUUUGCACACAGUUCCUUCCAGAUGGCUCUGUCCAAGGGCUGGCCUUUGUAUCUAAGCACCAAAAACACUAUCCUGAAGAAGUAUGAUGGACGUUUCAAAGACAUCUUUCAGGAGAUCUAUGACAAGCAAUACAAGUCCCAGUUUGAAGCCCAGAAGAUCUGGUAUGAGCAUAGGCUCAUUGAUGACAUGGUGGCCCAAGCCAUGAAAUCAGAGGGAGGCUUCAUCUGGGCCUGUAAGAACUAUGACGGCGAUGUGCAGUCAGACUCUGUGGCCCAAGGUUACGGUUCCCUUGGCAUGAUGACCAGUGUGCUGAUUUGUCCAGAUGGUAAGACGGUAGAAGCAGAGGCUGCCCAUGGCACCGUCACACGUCACUACCGCAUGCACCAGAAAGGACAGGAGACGUCCACCAACCCCAUUGCUUCCAUUUUUGCCUGGUCCCGCGGGUUAGCCCACAGAGCAAGGCUGGACAACAAUACCGAGCUGAGCUUCUUUGCCAAGGCUCUGGAAGAAGUCUGCAUUGAGACCAUCGAGGCCGGCUUUAUGACUAAGGACUUGGCUGCUUGCAUUAAAGGCUUACCCAAUGUCCAACGUUCUGACUACUUGAAUACAUUUGAGUUCAUGGACAAACUUGGAGAAAACUUGAAGGCCAAAUUAGCUCAGGCUAAACUUUAAGGUCAAACCUGGACUUAGCGGGACAAGUGUCUGUGGUAACUAAGUCCACAGGUUUACAUUUCUUUUUAAAAAAAAUAACACUCAAAGAUAGAAACAAAAAUCAUUUUGUAAUUUGUUUAGAAGAUAAAGUUGAACUUUUCUAUGUGUCUGCAGGCUUUUCCUUUUUCAUGCGGUUAUUGCCACCUUAAUGAACAUGGUGGGGACUUUUUUUAAUUGUAUUUUAUUGUGUAGUAGCGGUUUAGGUAUUAUGUUAGUGCCCAUUCACGUUAACUGUCACCUUUUCUCUUGCUCUUAUACAAAUGACCAAAACCAGAAGUGCUGCAGAUGGUGGGCAAGAGGUGCGGUUUGGUGAAAAAGGCCACUCACUUCCCUGUGCCCGUGAGUGUGAGCCCUGGAGCUUUGUGUGCAAAUGCUAUCUCUGUGGAAGAGCUGCACAGUGAGCCUACACAGGAUGGAACGGAUAGAUGUAUGUAGCUAAAAUGUAUGGCAGCCAUGUUUGUAAAGAGCAUCUGUGUGUCCAUUAUACUAAGUAUAUUUUAAGGCCACUGGAGAAUUCCAACUCUAGAAUAGAUGCAGACUGGAGGUUCUCCCUCUGAUUUCUCUCCCCCAUGGCCUCCCCUAAGUAUUAUCCCACCCCAAGUAGCACAUUUCACCCGUGUGCCGUCAUGAAAGCUGCACCUUUUUGGAUUUCUGCUGGCCUCUGUCAUUUCUUUUAUAUAAAUGUGAUUUUUCAGAAGUGGAUACUAAACACUAUUUCAGUCCAGUCCUUCCAAACUGUUCAUUUUAAUUAAAAUUAUGUGCUAAUGAC